AUGUCAGAAGAACAUUUACCAAAUAUUCCAGUAUUUUUAUCCGAAGCACAAAAUUUAGAGGAAAAGGCAUUUUCAACAAAGUUUCGUCAAAUUACUGAAGCGGAGAUGGAAAGGAUACGCCUUUCCAAUGAAUCAUCUAGCCCAUUUAGUACAGUAACAGCGAGUAGUUUAACUUCAAUGAAACUUAAUAGAUAUUCGGAUAUUAUACCAUUUGAUCGUAAUCGCGUUAAAUUGCAUAGUAAGAGAGGUGGGAAUAAAACGGAUUACAUUAAUGCAAGUUACAUUGAAGCACCACAAAAAAUACGUAAAUAUAUAGCAACACAAGGUCCAUUAGACAAUACUAUUGAGGAUUUUUGGUGCAUGAUGUGGGAACAACAUAGUCAUGUUAUCGUGAUGUUAUCUAAAGAGCAUGAAAAGGGUAAAGUUAAAUGUUCCAAAUAUUGGCCUGAAUCAAAUGGUUCGCCAUUCGUCUUUCCAGAAUUAGGGUUGAAGGUUGUAAUAGAAGGUGAGGAAUUAGAACCGAAUUUUUCUAGUUUAAUUCGCACAUUUCGUUUAGAAAAAUUUAAUUCGCAAGGGGGUGAUGAUAUGGUAAAUUCUCAAGGAGGUGAUGGUAGUCCUACAUCUCAGUCAGAAGACAACAACAAAAAAGUUAGAAGGGUAACACAAUUAUAUUUUGUUGGAUGGCCCGAUCAUGGAGUACCAGAUUCACCCGAUAUCAUAUUAAAUUUAAUUAAGAAAACAAAUCAAUUUCAACAAAAAUAUCAACAGGAAUAUGGAAGCGACGUGGAGAUUGGACCUGCCGUGAUUCAUUGUAGUGCAGGAUGCGGUAGAACCGGCACAUUUUGUACUAUUGAUAGUUGUUUGGCCAUGUUACCACAAAUUGCAAGUGAUGAUAGUACAGAUUUAAUUGAGCUCCUUGUGAAAUUUUUCAGGGAACAACGUAGAACCAUGGUUCAAACCCUUGGACAAUUUCAAUAUUGUUAUUUAGCCGUCCUCAGUAAACUUGUCGUGAAUAAAUAA